AUGUCGUGCGGCGGUUGUGACUUGCGAAAUGGGAGAAAGGAGGUGUCCGCGAAAACAAACCUCCGUGUUUGAGGAUUUUGUACUUUCAUAGAAGAGAAACCUCGACAAGCAGAAGAACACGGACACCAGAAGCUCUUAUCCUUCACCAGGAGAUAAAAGACACUCCGUGAAAUGCAUUACUCGAUAGGAUGAUCAGGAAUCAAGAAGAAGAUGAGUUUGUGGCAGUGCGGGUCCAAGAUCCCCGCAUUCAAAAUGAAGGCUCGUGGAAUUCAUACGUGGAUUAUAAAAUAUUCCUACAUACCAACAGUAAAGCCUUCACAGCUAAGACGUCCUGUGUGCGUCGGCGGUACAGCGAGUUCUCGUGGCUCAGGAAGAAGCUCCAGAAGAACACUGGUUUGGUGCCGGUCCCAGACCUUCCAGGGAAGUCUUUCUUCUCCUUCAGUAACGAGGACUUCUUAGAGGGGAGGCGAAAAGGACUUCAGGUCUUCUUGGACAAAGUGGUGAACAUGACGGUGUGUCUGUCAGACAGCCAGCUCCACCUCUUCCUGCAGACCCAGCUGCCGGUCGGUCACAUCCAGGACUGCGUGCAGGGACACACUCCCUACUCCGUGACCGACGCCAUCCUCACAUACGCCUCGUCCAAUCGGGGUUUAGCUCAGGCUCAGGAGGAGGAUUCCAUCAAGGAGCCGAGUAUGACUGUUUCAUACGAGUCCAUGGAGAGCCCAGCUCCUCAUCAACCUCUCCCUCAAACUACAGACAGCUUCAGCCCUCAGCUCCUCUCAUGCAGCGAGUCCGACCCUCUUAAAGGUUUACUGGAGCCCUGCAGUAAGGACACAGCCGAGCUGCCGCUCAAGGACAAAUCCUCUAUAAGAGUCAUUCAGAAGAACAACCACUUAGAGGCUGUCGUUGACGACUGCAACCCGGAAGAGGCGAGCUUUUUUGUGGGUGACAGCCCGCACGAGGGCCUCAGCGUUUCAGAUCAGGACCAGCCGAGGAGCUUUCCGAUUCAGACACCAGUGGAGGUGCACUCGCCCAUGGAAGAUGAGGGCGUUGUGACGUUACAUACGGAGGAAGAGGCGGAUCAUUGUCCAGUCACAGAUGAGAAAGCAGAUCAGUCAGAAAGUCCGUUUGAGGAAGAUAUAGUGACCUCCGAGCCAGAAAAAUGUGUAAAUUCUGAAGCAGUUUUAGAUUUUAAGGUCUGUGAUGUUGGAUCUCAGGAGGGCGUUCAGGAAGAUCAGGUUUUAGAAAAUCAUGUAAUCUCUGAGGAUCAUGGUGUUGAGUCUGUUGGUGGCAUUGAGCUUCAAGUUGCUGAUGAGAUCUGUCAGGAGGAGUUAAAGAGCUCUGACGGACAGAAAGACCAAGACGACGACAACAGUGAAGAACAAGAGCAGCAAGAGGAGACGCCACUCGAGCCAGAAGUCCUCAAAGAUACUCCCAAUGAGCACAGUGUACAAAAUGUGGACGACAAUGCUGAACAAACGGACCAAGAGAAAGCCGGACAGGAGGUGGAUUUGGUCGGGACCAAAGAGGAGAGCGACGAGGAAAGCUGCUCUCUGCCGUCCUCCAACGGGAGCAUCAUCAAGGUCAGCGACGAGGAAAGCGUCUGUGAUGAAACCGAGGACUCGGCGCAGGAAGCGAACGGCUUCAUGAAAGCGUUACCCGAGGACAACACAAACUGGUCAGAAGACGAGCCCUCUAGUGGACACAUUUUGGACCUGCACCUGAGCAGAAGCUCUGUGGAAAAAGAGGACAUUUCCACCCGAGAACUGCAAUACACAACUGACAUUAGUGACUUAAGUAAAUCUCUAGAUCUUAACUCAGCUGUGACUGGAGGAGAUUUGACUGAACACAGUGACUUCAGCGUCAUAGAGACGAGCUGCUCGCCUGUCUUAGCGGAUGGUAAAUGUGCAGAGCAGGAAGACCUGGAUGUGUCAGAGGAGGCUCAUGAGGUGGAGGUGCAUCAGAUAAACAGCUGAGUGUACACUCCACACACGAUCACUAGCACACGAACAAACAGCAUUCUAAUAUCUGUGAACAUGCAUCAUUAUAAACCGUCUUCACAAUGUGAAUCCUGUCUGUCAGACAUACUACACUUUAAGAGAGCGUCACAUAAUACCUACACUGUGCUGUCAUGCAUGAACUCUUUUUCAUAGUUUAUAUUUAAUUUGAAAACCCACAUCCUCAUUUAACCUCAGGUACACUAAACACUGACACUGUUUCUUCCUCUACCUGGCUUCUCUUCUGGAGGGUGGGAUUGUUUUUUUUUACUUUGUGAAAGAGAGUUUGGACUUCUGACAGGAUGUUAAUCAAAUAAGGCUGAAUCUGAUAUUAAAUAAAACAGUUUUAACGCACAUCAUUUUGAAAAAACACUCUUAAUAGGCGCUAAAACAUUUAAGACAAAUUCAGACAAGAUGAACAAUUGAAUCCAAAGUCGCAGUCAACAGAUAAAAAGUCGUGGAGUAAAACUACAACCUGAGUCCAGAGGCGGCAGAACAUUUGUCCGAGUUUCUCCGGGUUAGCUGCUGGAGUUUAAUUUAUGAACCUUAAGACAAAUCAGUUUGAUAUCUUCUAAAUUAAGAGCUCAAGGACACAGAGAAAAGAGGGAACUGCAUAUUUUAAAUAAGCUUCAUUUUUAAAUAGAAAGUCAAAAACUCGUCCACUGAAACUCUAAAGUCUGCAGAUUAAUCUGAGUAAUGUCUUCACAGCCAGCAGGACAGGAGAGACUUUACAGCAGACAAAACGCUUUCAGGUUACACACCAACAUGUGAGACAUUCUUUAAGAAAGGAAAGUUACAUGUGGCUUUUCACACACUGGGUUACUUAUUGUGAAACCUGCAUUAAUCGCGGUUUGACUCAAGUCGACCAAUGAGUCCAGCGGAGUCCUGAUGGUGACAUUUGAACACUGAUAAAAGUCACAACUUCAGAACGACUUUAGAAGAUGUUCGUGAUCAGAAACAACGUGUUUAUGUUGAAACAAAUAUGCGGCAGAGUUCAUUGUUUGAAGGCGUCAGAGAGCGGAAAGAAGAAAGCCCAACAAAGACGAAUAAAAACAAGCCGAAUAUAAUUUAUAAAGUGGCAACAAAAGAAUUGAGCAUCAAUUUAAAUACUAACUCGGUCACUCUGCGUUCUCUGUGAAAUCGAUAAAGACGCUUCUUUAGUCUUCUGAUCUGAUCAUGAUGUGAAUUCUUGAUAUUUCUGUUACAACAACCACUCAAAAAUCUCAUCCACAUGGUUUACACUCGGCCUGAUCACUGCGGUGAUGAAGCGUCUUUUACAGGUUAUUUAUUUCAUGUCUUGUGUUUCUGUUGCAUCUCAUUUAGUCUGUAGUUUUACUGCCUACAUCGACAGCCUUCACUCAGUUCAGUGUGACACUAUUUUAAGCUUCCUGAUGUUUUCGACCACAGCGUUGUUUUCACACCUCAAACUGACCGCAGCUCGAUCAUUCUGUUGCGUUUAAAAAGGGACCCAGAGUUUGACGAGCGUCGUCCUGUGUGACGUCGGGUAUGUGGGGAUCUAGCAGGUGGAUUGCAGAGCGCUGGGUUUGCUUUCUUUCUACACUGUACAUGAGUCGUUUAUUGUUUUAAUUGUAUUCAGAUGUGAGCCUCCUUCUGUGGAGACUUUUAUUUUUUAACAUGGAUCUACAAGGGCAGAGAUAACAACCUGAGUGUCCAUGUAAACACAAACUAUGAUGCUAUUUUAUGUCAAAUAAAGAGUUUUCUCUUUUAA